GCGGGGACGCGGGCGCCGACGCAGGCGGAGGCUCGGAUCCCUCCGCCGAGCCGGCGGCCGCCGUCGCCGAGACCGGCGCUGCUGGUUCGGGCGGCGCGGCGGCGGAGGCGCCGGGCAGUGCCCCGAGCGCCCCCGCGAGAGGCGGAGCGUGGGGCGCCGCCGCCAACGGGAAGAGCUUCGCCGAGGUGGUGAAGGCGGUUUCUGGCGGUAGUGCCCUCGCUGCGCGCGGGGGCCUUGGCGCCGGCCAGGGGCAGACGAGGCGUGAGCCGCCAGCUGGACCGGCCUUGCCGGCCGCCGCGCAGCCUCCGGGGCCCCUGGCCGAGGCACCGCCCGGCGACGCGCAGGUUGAUAAUGGCUGCCGGUAG